CCCGAUUUAGUCUGCUGCCUCCAGUAGCACCUUGAAUGACCGGUUAUCAUUGAUAAUCCCAAUGAAAUUUGAGACUCUUUAAAAAAAUGAAACUGAUUUUUGAACUAAUAAUAAGGCUUUUUUAAAGGGAGACGUGGAGGCAAACGUAAAUAGGGCAGCGAAUAUAGAGUCAGUUUCAUAUUCAAAAUGUGUGUGUAAGUUACACAGUGUAACACUUUCACGAAGAGAAGGAAAGUUGUUGCGUAACAAAAACAUAGAUUUUGUUUGUAUACCUGUGCCAUAUGUUGACAGAAUUGUCCUAAAUACGGAAAUAAGUGUAUUUUGAUAAGUGGGAUUAAGUAUCUUGGAAGGGGCGAGUUUUACAGUUCAUGGUUGGCGAUGUGAUCUCGAUUAAAGGAAUGAAUAAGGAUCAUAAUAUUAGAUCAAGUAAAUGGUGAGGACUGGUCGAGAUUCGAGAUGAGAUGAUGAUACCCCAUUAAGAACGACAAAAUCUAAUUGGAAUCUUCAUGCAGAACACAAGGCACACACCGGGACCUGGUAAUAAUGUCGUCGUCCUUGGAACGACGUCAAAAACUAGCAGAGGAAAGAAUAAGCGAUCUUCGUUAAUUGCUCCACAACAAGAUUCAAGUUCAAGUGAUACUGGUGGUGGUAGUGGGAGGAGGAGGAAGAGUGUUCCGAGCGAAUGGGAGCAUAAUAUUGGGUGCAACAUUCGUGUCGAUGCACGACAUCAUCAAAAAUUGGACAUCACAAUGCCUGAAAUUCAUCACGCCAACUCUUCCUCGAUGCCAGUUCCUCUCAACACCAUUAUGAAGGGUUGGGAUAAUGUUCCGAAGUUGUAUCAGUACAAGCCUUCCCAAUUGCAGGUUGUAUAUCAUCGAAGGACGGGUGAGAACGAGGUAGGCGACCCUGUUCCGCCUGAACCCACAAAACCACCGCCUGAAUGCAGAUGUGAUCCUAUGCAAUUAAAGGCAUUAGGAUUGCAACCCCGUGUAUCAUCUUCGCCAUCAUCGUACAUGGAUUCCCCUAGUACUUCAUCGUUACCAUACAAUGAUAUUCCAUUUCAAGACUUUGAUCCGAUCCCAAACGGUACUGAAGACCAUCUUUACGAGAUGCCUGAACCAGUCAUCCCUGAGGACUACAUCCAUUAUUUCACCGAUACGUCAGAAUCAGUUCAAGACGAUCCGUGGUAUAUAUCUUCCAGAAACGAAAUGCAGCAGCAAGAGCAGCUUAUCGCCGACGCACGUUCAACGCAUUCAAUGCUUACAAGAACUGUCGAAAGCCAAACAGAAACUAAUCCUACGAAUAUUUCUUGUCAGACAGAAAUCUAUGGUAAGCCAGCCCAAUGUCAGACAGAUAAAGACUCAUCUCGAAACCAAACUAUGUCCUCCUCCGGCAGCAGAAAGUCCACUUUCACCACGUCCAGUAGCCAAACUCAUAAUAUGCCUUCUGGUGCCAUGAUAAUGAAAGAAAGUGAUAUAAACCAUCGGCAGCCAAAGUAUCAAACUACUACUGCUACUAGUCAAACUGAACCAUUGAAAUUGAUAUCUAGUCAGUCAAUUAGUAUUUCGACCCAAAUCUACCAAGAUGAUUUCGAAAGUGAAGAAAUACAAAAUAAAACAACCAGCAUUACUAACAAGAGUAUUAUUAACCAGUGCACAGGAACAGAAACAAUUAACUUUAAGGAAGUCUCAGUUCAAGUAGACCAAGUUCUGGAACGGGUAGUGCUUGAAGAUUGUGGUAGUCAAACGGAAAUUGACAUUGAAACUCCAAAGAUUUGCCUUGAAUGUGAUUUUAAGCAGCUUCAAAUGGAAGAACUUGAAGAAAACAUGGCCGAACUGCAGGAACGCUUUAAAACUAUGGAAAAGAACCAAAAAGAAAAGGAACUAUUAGUUCAAGAUAAAACUCAAUGGAAAGAUUCAAGUACAAAUACUGACGAAGAGAUAAUAGCGUCAUUACCAACACCUAUUCCAGAAGAAGACGAAACCUUAUCAAACCUUAAAGUUGAUGAUCAUAAUGAUACCAAAUAUCUUAAACUAGAACAAGAAAAUGAACAACUCAAGCUUACAAUUGAAACACUGAAAAUAAAACUGAAUACGUUUCAUAACGGUUUUAAAAGUUUGCGCACGGCAAUUGACAAACCAAUUGUCGUUGAUAACACCAACGUAACAGAAGAAACUAUACAAGAAGUCUUGAACAAGGCAGAGGAUUUUAUUACAAAUUGUUCAAACUCUCAAUCCCGUGCUAAAAAAAUAAAUGACCAUCUCACCGUUUUAAAUACUUGCGUCUCCGUUGCAAACGGAGUUUUGAACGAAACUCCGACCACUAUUGCCUCUACUAAGCCAUAUUAAUACAUAUACUAAUAAUAGAGUGACGUUUCUUUCAACCAGUCUGCCGUCACCGCAACGGCACGCAACUUUUCGUAUUCAUCUUUAUAUUCCUCGUCACUAUCUUCAAAGUGCCUUCUUUUCAGUACUGGCUUCUUCUGUUUCUUUGGAGAACCUUCAGAACCCUGCAUAAUGUCUUGUGAAGAGAUCCUUUUCAGAGAUGAACUGAGCA